CCUUUCUCUCCUGCUUUUGCUUUUGCUUCUUCUUCAUCUUCAUUAUCAUCGUCAUCAUCCCAAAUUUUCACUCAUUCUCAGAACCCUAACAAAGCAACCAUGGCUCCCCAAAUCAUGUCCCUCGAAAAAGGGGGUCAAGACUUCCCCGCAAAGCUCACAACACAAGUCGUUGUUUGUUCCAUCAUUGCAGCGUUUGGUGGUCUUAUGUUUGGCUAUGACAUUGGUAUUUCAGGAGGAGUUACAUCCAUGGAUGAUUUCUUGUUGAAGUUCUUUCCAGUUGUGUACACGAAGAAGCACAGAGCAAAAGAGAAUAACUACUGCAAAUAUGACAAUCAACUUCUUCAAUUAUUCACUUCAAGUUUGUACCUUGCGGCUGUGGUUUGCUGUUUCUUUGCAUCAAAAUGUUGCAAGAAGUUUGGAAGAAAACCUACCAUGCAAUUGGCAGCCUUUUUCUUCUUUAUCGGUGUUAUUCUCGAUGCCGCGGCAAUGAAUCUUCCGAUGCUCAUUGUUGGACGGCUUUGUUUGGGUGCAGGUGUUGGAUUUGGAAACCAGGUAUUGAUUGACUGUGAUAUAAAUCAUAUAAUAUUUAUGUAUCUAUAUGUCAUGUCUUUUUCAAGUGAUCUGAAACUUUUUUCCACAACAUCUGGAUGUAUUUUAUGGCUGCAUUAG